CGGGUGCUGUUGCUGUUACUUGUCAUCACUCUGUUUCAGUGUUUAUAUACUCUUAAAUCUCUUUCAAAAACCGUGAUUUUCUCUAAUACUUACCUACCCUUUUGCAGAUACUUAAACAAGGUCAUUUACAAAAGCAUAGAAAAUUUCUCCCCCUAAAAAAGCACUGAUUUUUACGGAGAACUCAGUUUUUGUUCGUGUUGGGUUGACAUGGGUGCUGGUGACUACUACAAGAUACUGAAGGUGAAACGUGAUGCCACUGAUGAAGAGGUGAAAAGGGCUUAUAGGAGUUUGGCCAUGAAAUGGCACCCUGAUAAGAACCUUGAAGACCCUCUUAGGAAGGAAGAGUCUGAAGCCAAGUUCAAGCAGGUUGCUGAGGCCUACGAUGUGCUCAGUGACCCCAAGAAGCGCCAGAUCUACGAUCUAUACGGUCACUAUCCCCUUAACUCUCAACGCUUCACCAAAGAACAAGGUUAUAGGAUUAUGAAGGAAGCAGGGGUGGUUGAAAGCACCUUGGCUUGCACCCUUAUGGAGCUUUACAAGGGUUGCAAGAAGAAGUUGAAGGUCUCAAGGACUGUUCCUGAUGAAUUCGGAGUGCCAAAGUGUGUAGAAGAAAUCUUGAAGAUAGAUAUUAAACCUGGUUGGAAAAAGGGUACAAAAAUCACUUUUCCUGGGAAAGGAAACCAAGAACCAGGAGGAGCUGCAACUGAUCUAAUUUUUGUGUUGGAUGAGAGACCUCAUGAUAUUUUCAAGAGGGAUGGAAAUGAUCUUGUAGUGAUCCAGAAGAUAUUACUUGUAGAGGCUCUCAUAGGAAAAACUAUUAACUUGACUACCUUGGAUGGAAGAGAUCUCACAAUCCAAGUGACUGAUAUUGUGAGACCAGGCUUUGAGCUUGUGGUCCCAAAUGAAGGCAUGCCAAUCUCAAAGGAACCUGGCAAGAAAGGGAACCUCAGAAUCAAGUUUGAUGUUAUGUUUCCAUCAAGGCUGGCCACACAACAAAAGAGUGAUCUAAGAAGGAUUCUUCUUGGUGAUGUUGAUCACUAAACUGAUAUUUUGAGACUAAUGGUUGUAACUUAACUUGUAACUUUCCUUUAACAAAGAAAGAAAUAACUACACUGUAAAUUCUUAUGUAACUCCACCGAUCUAUAGGAAGUCUGUGCAUAUGACAAAUAAACCCAGUAUAGUUGAUAUUUUGUAUCAUAUAUGUAGCUUUGGAAACAAGUGUAUAUCCAUACUUUUACACUUUUGAGGUAUUUUUACUCUGAUAAAGAAAUUGUUCCGGUACACUUAUAUUAUUUAGAA